AUAAUAAAAUCAAGGAGGGCUGCGCUGAAGAAAAAUAAUAAUACGAGUAUAAGCGAUGAGUAUACUCCAAAACCAUUCUUGGACCUACUGAUCGAAUCGUCUGGUGGCGCGGAACACGGUUACACCGACAGGGAGUUGCUGGAAGAGUCUCUCGUGAUGCUGAUUGCUGGUAACGACACUUCAGCAGUGGGGGCUUCGUUCGUAACCGUCAUGCUGUCGCAGCACCUUGAUAUGCAGGAGAAGAUUUAUAAAGAAAUACAGGAAGUAUUCGGUGAUUCGGACAGGCCAAUCACAGCCGAUGACCUGCCUCACCUAAAGUAUUUGGAGGCCUUCAUAAAGGAAACGCUCAGGCUGUACCCACCAGUACCAAUCACGGCAAGGAAAGCAGACAAAGAAUGCGUCACCCCUGCGGGCACAAAACUCAUUCCCGGAGUGGGCGUGGUGAUCCACAUGUGGGCGAUCCACCGCAACCCCCGCUACUGGGGCGAAGACGCCGAGGAGUUCAGGCCGGAGCGGUUCUUCGACAGCCCCCCGACCCACCCAGCUGCGUAUAUGCCGUUCAGCUACGGAUCAAGGAACUGCCUUGGUUACCAGUACGCGAUGAUGUCUAUGAAGACCAUCAUCACAUCACUCGUGAGGGAGUACAAGGUCCUGCCCGCUUCAGGGACCAGCAGUACGGAGCCUCUACGAUUACAAUACGACGUCAUGAUGAAACAUGUUGAUAACUACGAAGUCAAACUGCAGACAAGAAGUCAUUGAGGAGAAGGAAUGAACACAAUACAUUUAAGAAGAAUGAACAAUAAAGACUCGAAGGCCAUGUCCAGAUGACGGUUUUUACUCGCGCGUUUUGAAUCGCACGAUUGAGAUUCUUAGGCAAAACUCGCGACUGCAUAUGGACAGAAUGUAUCACCCUCUAGUACCUCACUAUCGCGUGAUUCGAAACUUGCGAGAAAAACGCGUCAUCUGGACAGGCUCGAAGAUACUCCACUAUAGUGGAGAUAUAUAUCACCAAACCGUUCAAUUCAUGACCACAACUCCUAGUAGUCCGGUCAAAUUUUUGACAUGAACCCUGCAAUAAUUCGCAUACAGCUAAAAAUUGGUACGAAUGUUCGGAGCACCAUUAUGAAUGAAAUGUGAAAAGUCCCCAUCGAUCCGAUAUGUGCUAAAAAAAUCAAAGUUUAAAAAUACAGGUUUUUGCGAUUUUCAACCAAACGGUAAGUUACACCAUAAAAAUAUGUAAGACAAUAUGUAAAAUAAUAACUAUUAAAAUUGUCUUUACACUUUCUCCUAAGAGUCAGCGUUUCUGUGAUACAGUGAUUCAAUUUUCAGCUGUAUGCGAAUUAUUUGCAGGGUUGAUGUCUAAUUUGACCGGACUACUAGGAGUUGUGGUCAUGAAUUGAACGGUUUGGUGAUAUAAAAUAGUGAUAUUAUAUACAUAGUUUUGAAUACAUUAUGCUUUAAUAAGUUAGUAUUUUUAGAACUAAACUGCAUCUAGACUAGACAGGCCAAGAGAAGAGAUCAAAGUAAAACGCCUAUUUGAAUUGUUCAAGCAAAGAUGCAUGUGAAUGACAUUAUGUGGUAAACAAUUUAGUGGCUAGUACAGAACAAUUAUAUUGUGCAUUUAAGCUUUAAUUUUGAAAACAACUGGAUAGAUAGGUAUAGUUGAGGAAGUACUCGUAUUUUGCAAACUCAAGUAAAUGCAUUAAUUGGUAUGAUCGUUUUUGAAGGAAUCGCAAU